GAAGUGAGUUUGUAGGAGGUUCUUCGUGCGGAGCAGCCUUGGCAGGAGCAGAGCGGUGAUCUCAGAGCGAUGCGGGAGCGCCGGGCGCUGCGGGCUCCGCUGCCGGGGCAGCCCCGCGGGUCGCGGCCGCUCCCCGGGCUGGGGCUGCCGUGAAGCUGCUGCUGCCAUGAGCCCCCGGCCCCGGCUGCCAUGAGCCCCCAGCCCCGGCUGCCAUGAGCCCCCGGCCCCGGCUGCCAUGAGCCCCCAGCCCAGCCCGGGCUCCCGGCUGGAGUUUCCUGCAGAGCGGAGCCAGCGCAGGAUGCGGAGCGGGCGAUGAGCGCUCCCGGGGACGACGGCCGCUGUCGCAGGGCCAUCAGCAUCCUCAGCGAGCUGUGCCAGAAGAAAAUCCUGCCCAGCUUGGACCUGGACACCUGCAGGGAAUUCCUCCUGCUGCCUUCUGACCAGAGCCUGAUUAUCUCCGAGCCAGAGCUCUCCAUCAGCCUCCUUGCAGUGAUAGCUGUGCUGUGUGGCCUGGCGCUGGUGGCAGUGUUCGUGUUCCUCUUUUGGAAGCUGUGCUGGGUUCCCUGGAGGAACAAAGCCCUUUCCUCGCAGCUGGCCGUGCUGCACAGCGAGCCAGGGGACACGGACAGCAUGGCAGACAAGCUCAAGGACACGGGGGCCAUCAGCUUCCUGGAGGCAGCUGUGAAGAUCAGCCACACGUCCCCAGACAUCCCUGCCGAGGUGCAGAUGUCCAUGAGGGAUCACAUCAUGCGGCGCACCCGGAUCCAGAGACAAACCACAGAGCCAGCAUCUUCCACCAGGCACAUCUCCUUCAAGAGGCACCUGCCCCGGCAGAUGCACGUGUCCAGCAUGGAUCUGGGGCUGGAGGCGCCGGCCGUGGCCGAGCAGCCCACCAGCAUCGGCCGCAUCAAGCCCGAGCUCUACAAGCAGAAAACCGUGGACGCCGAGGACCCCAAGAAGGAGGCGGAGAAAACCUGCGGGAAAAUCAACUUCACGCUCAAGUACGACUACGAGAACGAGACGCUGACCGUGCGGAUCCUCAGGGCUUUUGACUUGCCGGCCAAGGACUUGUGCGGCAGCUCGGACCCCUACGUGAAGAUCUACCUCCUGCCCGACCGCAAGCGCAAGUUCCAGACGCGGGUGCACAGGAAGACGCUGAACCCCACCUUCGAUGAGUCCUUCCACUUCCCCGUGCCCCACGAGGAGCUGGCCAGCAGGAAGCUCCACCUGAGCGUCUUUGACUUUGACAGGUUCUCCAGGCACGACAUGAUCGGGGAGGUGAUUCUGGAGAACCUGUUGGAGGACUCGGACCUGUCGCGGGAGACUUCCAUCUGGAGGGACAUCCAGUACGCCACCACCGAAAGCGUGGACCUGGGCGAGAUCAUGUUUUCCCUUUGUUAUUUGCCAACUGCAGGUCGCCUCACCCUAACAGUCAUUAAAUGCAGGAAUCUCAAAGCUAUGGACAUCACAGGCUACUCAGAUCCAUAUGUCAAAGUGUCUUUGCUCUGUGAUGGGCGAAGACUGAAGAAGAAGAAAACCACCAUAAAGAAAAACACACUUAAUCCCACCUACAAUGAAGCAAUAAUCUUUGACAUUCCCCCUGAGAACAUGGAUCAAGUCAGCCUCCUUAUCUCUGUCAUGGAUUAUGAUCGGGUGGGCCACAACGAGAUCAUCGGCGUUUGCCGCGUGGGGGUGAGCGCCGAGGGGCUGGGCAGGGACCACUGGAACGAGAUGCUGGCCUACCCCCGCAAGCCCAUCGCCCACUGGCACCCGCUGCUGGAGGUGAAGAAAUCCUUCAAGGAGUGGCACGGCCGGGCAGCGAGCUUCGACAGCCAGGGCUCCUGUCCCUCCCCCAAACCACCCCCCACGCCGUGAUCCAGAGCAGGGACAGCAAAAUGGGACUAAACCAAGUAAUUUGUGCACUUGGCCUUCAGUCUCAGUGGCUGCUGAGGGGCGCUGGCAGCAGCAGGACUUUCCAGUCUAGUUGUUCCUGCGUAAGUAAAGGUAGAAACCGUUUCGUGGUCAAAUAUGUUUUUGUCUAAUAUGUCUCCCAAGGUGAUGUUAUUUUUGUGGCUUUUGCUGUGGAUCUGUUUCCAGAGGGAGAAGGUGGUGGACUGAGACAUGUGCUGGGAGUUUGGUCUGUAAAAUAAGGUGUAAAAUAGUUUUUGGUGUGUGUGGAGGCUGGAAAGGGGCGAGGAGGUGUCUGCAGAGGGCAGAGGUGGCCGGGACAGGGCAGUGGCAGAAGAUGGGAGAGACUCUUCCCAGCCACUCCUCGAGGUCAGCCCAGCCCUGCAGCGUGUCCCUGGGUUUCCUGUUCAUGUAGAGGUGUCCAUGAGCUCUUAGAAGUUUGUGCAGUGUGUACCCCACGAUUCCUUUUGUCAUAUAUUUAAAAAAAUGCUGUUGAUUCCUCAGGAGGGGAACCCUGGGUUUUUUUCCCCUGUAUCUGAAGUCUCCCCAGAGCUAUUUGCAUGAACAGUUUCUUCAGCCCCCUUUGUAGCUGCUGCUCAUCCCCCAGGACAUCCCUGCCUUAUCUAGAGUGGAGGGAACAGCUUUGCCACAGGUGGGAGUCAGGAAAAAAGGGGGAAGAUGUCACAGAAAUGGGUGAGAGCCCUGCAUGACCACUGGAUCUCAUCCAAGUAAUAAAGGGUGACCCAAGGGGGAAAGAGAAAUACAGAAACAUGACCAGUGCUAAAAAAAGCUCCCAACCUUUUUUCUUAAGACUGUCAGCACUCCCUUAAAGAAUAAAGUUUCUCAGCCCAAGCCCUGAAGGAAGGUCAAGUUCUGGGGAAAAAAAAAAAAAAACUAAAAAAAACCAAAAAGAACCAAAAAAACAACGAAGCUUUGCUGGUUCCUUGGCUGCAGAGGCCAAGAAUGAAGUUAGAAUAUCCCAAGUUCUGGCUUUACAGCUAAAUCAGCUGAUCUUUAUCAGCCAGCUGUGGAUUUUGGAUACUUUCUCAUCCUGGAUUUUUCUCUGAGUUAAGAAGUCCAUUAGUGCUGUUUAUUCCACCCUAAUUAAAUUAGGCAAAAGCAAAUCUUUUGGUUUGGAGGUGGAAUUUGUGAGCGAGGCAGAGGGCUCUCCUCCCCUCAGGUCAGCAGGACUGUGCUCAUCAGCCACAAUCCUCAGGUCAACUUCAGUUCCCAUUUUCCCAAAUGUCACCACGUCCCCCCUGGCUGCACAUCAGGGCUGGCAGAGAGGGGUGUGUGCAUUGCUCCUGGGUGAGAUGAAUCCUUUGUUCAGUGAUGGGUAAAUACAUCAUUCCUCAUCACACCUUGUGUCUUAAUUCUCUUUAUGUGCCACAUGCUAUAGGAGCAGAAACUCAAUAAAAUUAUUUUAUUUGUAAGUGCUGCCCUGUCUGGUGAAAUAUUUCCUCCUGUGGAAGCAG